GAGUGCUGCGCAAGUCCGAGAUACAGCGGUCGGGAAGACUCCGACGCCGCAGAACAGAAGCCGCAGCUGCGCAGCCUUGCCGCCGUCCGCCAUGCGCCGCGCCUCCUCCAGUUCUUGAGCCAUGUUCGACCGCCCACGCUCCGGAGCCGCUGCCCACCGUUAAGCAGUACGCGCUCGAUCCGAAUCCGAAACGCUGACGCGCGUACACGACGAGACGAAGGGACCAUGCAGCCGCGAAUGUGUUCCGGCCUCUGCUCGGAUCGGCCUCUCGGAAAGCAGCUCGUCUGCUCGUCUAGCCUUCGGGCUAGGGCCCCCUUUUCCGGUACGGCGAGCUCCGCGAAGUGGCGGGCCUCGAUAUGGCGCUCUCGUCGAGCCCUCUGCCUCGGAUCGCCGAUGGGUUUAUCGAUCCGCAGGGGACCUCGGCCCAGAGAUCUUGGAGUGCGAUGCGCCUCGCAGAAGGAGGAGGAUCGGACUGGAUUCGAGGGCGUUGCGAGCGUUCCCGACGUGACGGAUACCGAAGGUAUCUUGCCUCCUAACUGGCCAACUGUGGGUCUUGCCCUUUUCGGCUUGGGAUUUCUGCUGGGACCACCACUCGAUGGACUGCACUCGAGGGUCCAGCUCCAGAUAUAUGAUGUUGCGGCCGUCGACAUUUUGGGUCUCAAAACGAGCCUGUGGGUGCCUCCUUUGCUGGGCGUGUUCUACGCUGUGGUCGGAUUGAUACAGCUCGCACUUGAUAGGUCAUUGGCGCCCAGAGACACAAUUCCAAAAGCCGAUUUGAGAAAAGUCAUUACCUCUUUUCUAACAUUGAGCCUACUACUGGAGUUGAGUGCCGAGAUGUACAAGGCCGGAGUACCCUACAACAUCGAAGCGUACAUACUGUUCGGACUAGCAGAAUUGAACUGGUUACUAUUAGAGAACACUUGGUGGGGGUUUGCUCUUGCUUGCUUUGUAGGAGUGGUUUGCCCACUUGCCGAGAUACCCAUUCUGAAGUUGUUUGAUCUCUGGCACUACCCAAAAGCCAAUCUGAGCAUUUUUGGUGUAGGUGUCAUCACGUGGGUGGUUUGCUGCUACUUUUUCUACACUCCUUUCAUUGGCAACCUCGCAAGGUGGCUAAGCCAAGAGCUGAAAAAGGGUUCAUCAGACUGAAAAUAGUGUUGAUAAUUCGUAAUAACAAAAACUCUCUCAUCAACUAGCAAAAUUUUGUGGGCCGGAGGAACUUCGAAUCUGUCUGUGCGCUUGGCUGUGUGAAAGAGGGAUCACAGAAGUGACAGGUUACAGAUUUGAAUCCACAUUUUUAGAAAAAGUGGUUGGUAGAAGGAUUGUAGCAGUAACAUGAAAGAUGUUGGAUACAACUUUCAAAUUACAUGACUGAUUGUGAACCACGAGAGGUUUUUCCCCUAGCUCCAAACUCACUGCAUAAAUGGGUCAUUGAAGGGCUUAUUUCUAGUAACUGCUGUAUUACGUCUAAACCUGUAAAUCUAAAAUUGACAUUUAAUGGCAUAUUUCUAGC